AUGCUCACUCACAUUCACACCACACCCUUAACCACAACCACAACCAAACACAUCAUAAUUAUACCACCGCACAAACAUAAUCACAUACCUUCGAACAUCAUGACACACCCUCUCACCACGUUAUUCUGUCCCAACGACUCCAACCACUCCAAAAGCCGCACGGCGAGCACUCCCCACCGCCGCCACCCAGCACUCCAGGCCCCCUACGGGCCUCCGCCCCGUCAGCCGCCCGCGGCCGGUCCAAACCGGACCCCUGGAGCCCCGCCCUCACCUCCCGAGGCGGGCACUCGCUGCCUCACAGACCCGGGACGGGUGGCCGAAUGCGCGUCCAGCGCGCAGUUUCUGAGCGACUGGGUGAAGACCACACGCAAACAGGUCAGGGACAAUCCAGGAUCAGUGAGGUACGAAAUCGUGUUCCCUGGGGCAAGCGCCUCAGGUCCGCCGGGUCAGACCCGGGAAUGGACUGGAAAGGCUUCGGGUGAAAAUACUGGAGGCAUGUGGGGAGCUGGAGCCUUGGGACUAUGCGGGCAGAGCGAACUGAACAAGAGAGUUUGUGGGAUUGUCAGACUUUCCAAUUCUAAACCAGCUGUGAUCUCCUUAUUGGAACAAGGACAAGAACCCUGGAUGGUGAAAGAGCUGACUAGAGGCUUGUGUUCAGAUCUGGAAUCAGUGUAUGAGAACAAAAUAUUAUCUCUAAAAAAGAGACAUUUCAGUCAAGUAAUAUUUUGCUAUGAAGACAUACCCCCUUUUAUUCAUCCUACUUUUCUUAUUCCGCAUCAAAAUACUAUUAGCAAAGAGGAGCCCUGUGAAUCUAAGAUAUGUGGGAAGACUUUUGAUCAGAACUCAGAAUUUAUUCAACAUCAGAGAGUUAAUUCUGCUGAAAAACUGUAUGAAUGUAAGGAGUAUGGGAAAUCCUUCAGUCGUGGCUCACUUACUCGACAUCAGAGGAUUCACAGUGGUGAAAAACCCUACGAAUGUAAGGAAUGUGGCAAAGCUCUUAGUUGUAGUUCCUAUUUUUCUCAACAUCAGAGGAUUCACACCGGUGAGAAACCCUAUGAAUGUAAAGAAUGCGGAAAGGCCUUUAUUCAGAGCUCAGAACUUAUUCAACACCAGAGAAUCCAUACAGAUGAAAAACCAUAAGAAUUUAACGAGUGUGGAAAGACCUUUAAUAAAGGCUCAAACCUUACUAGACAUCAGAGAAUUCACACUGGUGAGAAACCUUAUGACUGUAAUGAAUGUGGAAAGGCUUUUGUUAGUUGCUUAGACCUUAUUCGCCAUGAGGGAAUUCGUACAGGGUAAAUGAUAAGAAAGUAAGACACUUUUGUGAACAUUUGUUUUUAAAAACAUGUAAUGAAAACAAACCAGGAAUGUAGGUUUUCCUGGGUAUUUAGUUUUCUAGGGCUACUGUAACAGAACCAAGAAAAAUUUGGUAGCUUAAAAGAAAGGAAUUUAUUCCCUCACUGUUUUGAAGCCUGGACAUCCAGAAUCAAAGCUGUAAGCAGGUUGUAAGUAUUUACAGAGGUAAUCUGUUUUAUACCUUCUAGUUUCUGGUAACAGCCAGAAACUCAACAUUCCGUGGAUUACAGGUGCAUCUCUUUACUCUCUGCCUCCAUCUUUUGCAGUCUCUCUGUGUUUCUAUUUCCUCUAACAUGGACACCAGUCAUAUUGUGUGUCACCUAAUGAUCCCAUCUUAAGUUGAUUACAUCUGUAAAGAUCCUAUUUCAAUGUGAGAUCAUAUUCACAGAUACCAAGGGUUAAGAUGUCACCGUAUCUUUGGGGGGACACAGUUCAACCGAUAACACCUUGUGAACUAUUUUGUCUAAUGUAUUUAUAAUUUCCUUUUAUAACCUUCUUAAUCAAAUUUAUUUUAAAAUAUAAAUUUAAGGUCUAAAUUAAACCUCCCUUUUCACCCACCAAAAAAAUAUUCUCCCAACUGCUUAUUCAGUAUUCUUUCCUCUCGUUUCUCCUUAAUUUGUUUAUAUUACCUUAUGUUUUAGGGCCAUCUUUUUUUAUUGCUGUGACCUAUAGAUCUGUGCUUCCAAUACUGCACUGUAAGUUGUGUUGUAUAGACUUAAAUCAUUCUUGAAAAAACUGUAAACUUAUUUUUGAAAGUAACUCAUUUCUUUACUUUUGGAAGGAGAGCCUCACAUACACUAAAAACAAGUGCCCCCUGAGCUACAUCCCCAGCCACUCUCCCCUUUUGAGACAUUGUCUCACUAAGUUGCCAAGGCUGGCCUUGAACUGGCCAUUCUCCUUGCCUCAGCCUCUUGAAUAGCUAGAAUUAACAGUAAUGUACUUGCCCAGCAUUGAGUUCUUAUUUAAAAAAAAUAAAAAUAAAAAAGGAAAUAAAAAAAUAUAGGGACUGGGGAUAUAGCUCAGUUGGUAGAGUGCUUGCCUCCCAAGCACAAGGCCCUGGGUUCAAUCCUUAGCACUGCAAAAAGAAAAAAAAAAUUUUUUUAAAUCUUAGACCAGAGAUUACUGCUUUCAAAAUAUUACAAUAGAUCUUUCCAAACUUUAUGUUAACUUUAUGUUAAUCAUAAGCUGCAGGUGGUGGACACAGCAACUCAGGAGGCUGAGACAGGAAGAUUGUAAGUUCAAAGCCAACCUCAGCAAUUUAGUGAGGCCCUAAGUAACUUAGUGAGACCCUGUCUCUAAAUAAAAUAUAAAAAAAGACUGGGGAUGUGCCUCAGUGGUUAAAUGCCCCUGAGUUCAAUCCUCGGUACCAGAAAAAAGAAAAAAAAAAAAAAGUGUGAUCAUAAUAUGCCUGCUGUAUCAUAAUUUUAUUUUAUCAUGCCAAAAUAUACCAUAAUAGUCCAGUUCGAUGGUUAAAGCCUAUAAUCCCAGCACCUCGGGAUCCUAAAGCAGAAAAAUUGUAAGCUUGAGGCCAGACUCAGCAAAUUAAUAAGACAUUGUCUCAAAAUCGAAAACAAAACAAAACAAAAUGGCUGGGAAUAUAGCUCAGUAGUACAGUAUACUACUAGUACCCUUUCAAUCCCCAGGGAUUGAACUGCAGCACAUGGGAGUAGUGUUCAAUCCUUAGCCACCCACCCUCCCUCACAAAAAUCAAAAUAUACCAUGAUUACCAUUUAAUUAAAUAACAUCUUCAUAUUAUUUUUUAAAAUAUUUUUAGCUGUAGAUGGACACAAUACCUUUAUUUUUCAGUGGUGCUGAGGAUCAAACCCAGUGCCUCUCACAUGCUAGGCUAGUGCUCUACCACUGAACCACAAUCACAGCGCCUUUAUCAUUAUUUUUAAUGGUGUUGUAAUAUGUCUUGCUGUUAACUUGUGUCAACUUUUAUGUUGUUAAAUAACUACUGACAAACAUGGUAUACACUGAAGCUUUUCAGUUAUAAAAGUUGUCCUCUAAAUGCAAAUGUAAUGCUUUUUUUAAAUUACAUUUGAAAAUGGAAAUAAUGAACAUUUUCUCCCUAUAGAAUCUUGCCAAUACUUAUCCAAUCCUUGUUGUAAUCACUGUUAUCAAUUUUUUUUCUUCCAGACUUCUACUAUACUUAAUACAUGUAUGUGUAUGUAUAUAUGUAAGUACUUAUGGAAAAUGUAAUGCUGCUUUAUAAUUUUUUGUGUAAAUAUAUAUUAUAUGUACUAAUAUGUAUGUGUUGGGUUGCUCUCAGCAGUAAAUGUAUUAAAUGUAAAACGUUGGAACUGUUUCUAAUAUGUAAUAAAUAUCUAAUGAAUGUU